UCGAACAAGAAAAAGCGAAAGAUGGAUUUGUUGGGAAGACAACACAAAAUUUAGUUCUCUUUAAAAAUUGUGGAAAAACGUCGGGAAUUGUGCGAAAAAUUGUGGGUUUUCAGUGCCAUAAUUGUAGUGUACCGUGUGGUGUAAAAAUCUGGUGAAAAGUGUAGCCGGCGGAUCAGUUUUAGUCCCAGUAACGAACGGGCAUCGUCAGUGUUUACUUUUUUCCACCGAGAGCAAGGAUGACGACCGAUUGCUUAACGUGCAUUAAGAGCAUCGAUUCUGGCGAUGAAUCGCUCACGAUAUUGAACAACACAGUUAUUCAGACUGCACUGCACAAACACUUCUGGUUCACUGAGAGCCAAUACAUGAAGAGCACCAUAUGCGGGCCUUGUUGGCACCAAAUCGAAGACUUCCACCGGUUCUACAGCCGAGUGGAGGAACUCCACUCUCGGAAUACAUUUUUCCAGAUCCAACUGAUUCCGGAGAUCAAGGAAGAAGAGAUUCCCCAAAGUUUCGAACCAGAAGAACUGGAGGAUCCUACGAAAAUCGAUGAGGAUAUGGACUGUUGGCCUGCGACCAAAGAGGAAGAUUCCAGCGAGGCUGAGGAGGAAGACGAGGAGGAGGAGGAAGAAGAUAAUCCGAAACGAAGAUCGCUUCGGUCCUCGAGUAGAUCUCAACAAAGCAAAAAACCCAAACGCACAAGAGUACAGAAGAAAGAGCUGGAUGAGGUGCAGAAGUAUGUUUCGAAGAACUUGCCGCUGAAAUGUGAUACUUGCUCGCAGCAGUGCAAAACGUUCGACGAUCUGCAAAAGCAUUCCAUGAAAGAGCACCAGAAACGGGCAACGGUGGUGUGCUGCGACCUGAAACUCGCGAUCGCCUAUCGAUUCGUGGAUCACAUCCGAUACCAUCUGAAUCCGAAUCGCUUCAAGUGUCCUCAGUGCACGAAACGGUGCGUCAACCGAGAAUCUUUGAGCAGACAUGUCCGAGCUGCGCACUCCCCGGAACCGGAGGAGCUGAAGAAAGAAGAAGUCAAGGAGGAUGAGGAAGUUGUCCAGGAAGAGAUUGUGGUUAGUGCGAUAGAAACGAAAACGGAGGAGAAGAAAGAAUCGGACGCAGAGGAGAAUGAAUCUACGGUUUCCAAAGAAGAUAAGGCAGAGGCACCUUCAAGCGGAGGUGAGGACGCAAGCGGUGACGAUGACGAUUACAAACAAGAAGACGAUUCGAACGAAUCGGACAGUUCAGGGGAUGGCGAUGAUGACGACUUUGACAAUGACGAUGGAGACGAGGAUCCAAACUACCAGGAGGAAGAAUUCCAAAUCGGAAAACGAACAAGACUGAAGAAAGCGGAAUUGGCGGAAAUCCAAGAGUACGUGUCCAAGAACAUGGUCCUGACGUGCGACACGUGCUGGGAGCGUAGCGACACCUUCGACGACUUGCAGAAACAUUCCAAGGAGAAGCACGGCAAACGUGCCAUCAUACGGUGCUGCGAGUCUAAACUGGCCAACAGCUAUCGGUUCGUAGACCACGUACGGUUCCACAUGAAUCCGGAGCGGUUCAAAUGUUCCCAAUGCGAGAAGAAGUGUCUCAACCGGGACGCGCUGAGGAGGCACGUGCAGAAGUUCCACACCCCGGAGGAUGAGAAGAAGUACCAUUGCGAGGUGUGCUUCACGAAGUUCUCCACCAGGAAGGCACUGAUGCGGCAUUCCAAGGUUCACGAAGAGUUUGACCCGAAAGAAGGGGAUGGCACGCGAAAGCGUAAAUUCGUCGAAAGAGCCAAGCGAGACGCCGAGAAUGAGAAAAUGAUCGCCGAGUUCAUCAACCUGGAGUGCGAUUCGUGCAACAAGAAGUUCGACACGUUCCUCAUACUGCAGAAACACUCGAUGCUGGAGCACAAGAAGCUGUCGUACGUGUUCUGCUGUGGUCAGAGGUUCAACAAAAAGCCACGACUCGUUGAUCACGUCCACUUCCAUCUGAAUCCGACAAAAUUCCAGUGCAAAGUCUGCCAGAGAAAGCUUCCCCACACGGAAUCCCUCCGACGGCACAUGGACCGGAACCACUCGGACGAGGCGAAGACGUUCAAGUGUAGCAUGUGCCCUAAGAUGUUCACGCACAAGAAGUUCCUGUCGAUUCACGAGCGGUGGCACAACAGGCGGUGGCAUUGCGGCAUCUGCGAUCGGCGAUUCAUCUGCGAGGCCAUCCUCAAGCAGCACCACAAGUCGGUGCACACCAAAGAGCUGAACUACGUGUGCCACGUGUGCGCCAAGACGUUCCACAUCUACUCCACCUACCGGUCCCAUCUGGAGUCGCACGACGAAACGAUCAAGAAGAAGCCGCAGAAACCGCCGGUCCAGUGUCAGGUUUGCAAUGCCUGGACACCGAAGCUGUCGCACCAUAUGCGACUGCACUCGGGCACGAAGACCUGCGAAAUUUGCGGCCAGGAGUGCAAGAACAUCAUCGCCUACCGGUACCACAUGAAGCAUCACGAAACGGGCGACCACAUGUGCUCGGUGUGCGGCAAGGGCUUCAAGAAGGAACUCUCACUAAAAGAACACAUGGCAUCGCACACCGGCGUUACCCUGUACAGUUGUGACUUUUGCGAUCGGACGUUCAACUCGAACGCCAAUCGGGCAGCCCAUCGAAAGAAGAUGCACCCGCAGCAGUGGCUCGAGGAUAAGCUCAAGAAGAAAAUGGCACGGUACGGUGGAACGCUUCCACCGGAGGCAGCCGCGACGGUGUAAUAGCAAUCGACAGGCAUAGGACGACAAAAACCCAUCAGCCAUCGAAGAGCUGAAAGUGGAACCCUCGACAGAAGAAUACCUAACUGAAACUCUCGAAGAGCUCGAAGAACUCAACGAUGAAGAUUUCUCCGCUGAGGAUGACGACAAUCAUUCCG